AUGUCGGUUAAUGGUGACAUUGACAUGUUAAACAUACUGGUCGGUGCACCCAGGGCAAACACAUCUGAUCAAACCCCGUCAACAGUCACUGAGAGGGGCGCUGUCUUCAACUGUCCCUGGCACAAAAGUGGCUCAUGCACCCAGAUUGAGUUUGACAGCACUGAUGACAGGAAGAAUUCCAAUGGACAGCAAAUGGAAUUCAAGUCAAAUCAAUGGUUUGGGGCCACUGUGCGUUCCUCUGGGGACCAUAUUCUGGCAUGUGCUCCUCUCUACCAGUGGAGCACGUAUGGAUUAUCAGAGAGAGAGCCUGUUGGGACAUGUUACCUGAAGAAAGGCAAUAACAUUGUGGAAUAUUCACCCUGCCGCUCUAACUCAAACUCACCUGAGGGACAAGGAUUUUGUCAAGCAGGUUUCAGUGCUGACUUUGUGAAGAAGAAUCGGGUUGUUAUUGGAGGACCAGGAAGCUUUUAUUGGCAAGGUCAGCUGAUCUCAGAUGACAUCACUGAGGUCAUCAGCAGAUACAAUAAGGAGUUUUUUACUCCUUACGGUAACCAGUUAUCAACCAAGUCAGCCGGAGCUCAGUAUGAUGACAGUUAUUUGGGUUACUCUGUGGCCGUUGGUGAUUUUAAUGAUGACGGUGAAGUUGAUUAUGUCACUGGAGUUCCUAGAGGGGAGAAGGCUCUCGGUUAUGUCAACAUUUUCAAUGGGAAGAACAUGGAGUCUAUGUAUAAUUUCACAGGCACACAGAUGGCUGCUUACUUCGGUCAUUCUGUAGCAGCUGUUGACAUCAAUAAUGACGGGAAGAUGGAUUUGUUGGUGGGAGCUCCUCUGUUCAUGGACCGUGGCUCAGAUGGGAAGCUGAGGGAGGUGGGUCAGGUCUAUGUCUACCUAGGCAAAGGUGGCUUCACUUUCAACAAUGUCAUCAAACUCACUGGUUCUGAGAUCUAUGCUCGAUAUGGAAGCUCCAUCUGCAGCCUGGGAGACCUCAACAUGGAUGGAUAUAAUGAUGUGGCCAUUGCUGCCCCAUAUGGUGGGCAGUUCCACCGUGGCCUGGUGUACAUUCAUAACGGGCGUCCCACAGGGCCCAAUCCUGUGGCCUCUCAAGUUCUGGAAGGAACAUGGGCGUCUGCUUCUAUGCCUUCUAGCUUUGGUUACGCCAUGAACGGAGGCACAGAUGUCGAUCAGAAUGGAUACCCUGACCUGAUUGUUGGGGUGUUUGGCGCUGACAAAGCUGUUCUGUACAGGGCUCGUCCGGUCAUCAGCGUGAACACCACACUGGAUAUCAGCCCACAGAUCCUAAACCCUGAAGACAAGAGCUGCACCCUGCCUGGUACAACCACCACAGUUUCCUGCUUUACUGUGAAAUACUGUCUGAAGGCAAAUGGCAAGGGAGCGCCGCCAUCUCUUCAUUUCCAAGUGUAUCUGACCCUGGACCGUCUCAAACACAAGGGAGCCAUCAAACGGGUGCUGUUCCUCCAUAACAAGAUGUCUCAUUAUUCAAAGAACAUGACCGUCUCCAACAGCCAAGGACCGGCCUGCGAGGAGCUUCAGGCUUAUUUAAUAGAUGACUCAGAAUUUAGGGAUAAGAUCACACCCAUUUCUGUUUUUAUGGAGUACAGCUUGAAUUACAAAGCAGCAGCAGAUAAGACCGGCCUGUUGCCCAUCCUUGACCAGUCUACACCUACAAAUGUCACCAAGCAGGCUCACAUUCUCCUGGAUUGUGGUGAAGACAAUAUUUGCAAGCCAGACUUAAAACUGUCUGUUGUGAGUGACCAGAAAGAGAUCUACAUAGGUGACGAUAACCCCCUGACCCUAGAGGUCACAGCAGAGAAUGGAGGAGAGGGGGCAUAUGAGGCCGACCUUACCGUCACCCUACCAUCUCAGGCAGAUUUCAUUGGGGUUGUGCGUAACAGUGAGACGUUGUCUAGACUGUCCUGUGCCUUCAAGAAAGAGAAUCAGACCAGAGUGGUGGUUUGUGAUCUUGGGAACCCAAUGAAAGGAGGAACUAAGAUAAUAGCAGGAUUGCGCUUCAGUGUGCAUCAGCUCUCUGAACAGGAUACAGAAGUCAAGUUUGACUUGCAGAUACAGAGCUCAAAUCAGUUCAACAAUACCAGCAAUUUGGUCUCUGUUGUCACAAAGCUUGCUGUGCUGGCCAAAGUGAAAUUAAGAGGGGUGUCUGCGCCAGAGCAGGUGUUUUUACCCAUCGCUAACUGGCAGCCAAAAGAGAAUCCUGUUCUGGAGGAUGAUAUUGGACCUCUUGUACAGCACAUCUAUGAGCUAAGGAACACAGGACCCAGUACCUUCAGUAAGGCCAUUUUAGAUGUGCAGUGGCCAUACAGAUUCAACAAUGGCUCUCUGCUCUACAUCACCAAGUUUGAAGUGGACGGAAACAUGAAUUGCAGCUCAAACAGGGAGCUCAACCCGCUUAAUGUCACUAAUCCCAGAUUUAUUGACAAAAAUGAGACCUCUGCCAGCGGAGACAGAGCUGAGGGGAGGAACAGACACAGCGUCCACCGCAGAGACCUAGAGGACAAACAAGGGGAAGAGAACCUGGAGAUUCUGGAUUGUGGGAAUGCGGAGUGUCAGGAGAUUAAGUGUUGGGUCGGCCGGCUGGAGAAAGGCCAGAGUGCCAUUCUAUUUAUUUACUCCAGACUCGCCGUGAGCACGUUUCUCAAGGCUGAAAGUCAAAACAAAUCGUACAAUGUUCGCUCCUCAGCAUCCUUCAGUGUCAUAGAGAUGCCAUAUAAAAAUCUGUAUUCUGAGCUCCCAGCCAGCACAACAUCGGCCUCUCUGAAGGUGAUCUGGAAUUCAGAGAACCCUCAGCCUGUCCCAGGAUGGGUGGUGGCUCUGGCUGUCCUGGCUGGACUUCUGCUCCUGGCUCUGCUCAUCUUUGUCAUGUAUAAGUUGGGCUUCUUUAAACGUGUGCGGCCGCCCCAGGAUGACAGCAUAGAGAAAGAGCAGCUUCAGCCUCAGGAGAACGGAGACAGAAACACAGAAGCCUGAGCUCUUCAUCUUCACUAGUCUAUCACAGUGCCAACUCAAUAAUGCCACAGCAGCAGGAGUGUUCCUGAUUUACAGCAAUGCUGAUGAGAGUACAACACAUCCUUCAUCUUUAUUAGCAGGUCAGCCUUUAAUCAUCCAGACAGCCCUGAUGAGUGAGAUGGCUGUCGUCAUUUGAAUGGUACACAGCUGAGGUGGUUUGAAUAACCAUGAUGCUCUGUUAAUAGGACUAAAGCCCUGUGCCAGUCCCAUUUCCCCUGCGCUCCUGUCCUUCUUUAACUGCACUGAGUCUUAAGACGAUAUUUGAUUUUCAGUCGGGUAUAGAGAAUAACACAUUUAAAAUCAUAAUACAUUUCAAAUUGUUUACAAGUAACAAAAAUAAUAAUGGUAAUGAACCAUAAUACAAAAUGAGAUCAUGAUUUUUACAUGUGAGGUAGUUUGGUACAUCAUUAGAUUGCUGGUUCUGCUUCUUCUGUGGGAGAAACUUUUGUUAUAUUGUUUAUCACCGCUCAGUUUCUGCUGUUUGGGGGAUUUCUGUAGGACUUUGGACUUUCAGUUCAUGUUUUCUUUGCAGUUGUUUCAGCUGUUAGGAUUUGAUUUCUUAUUUGGGCGUAAGGUGUAUUAUUUUGAGAAAAUAUUCUUAUGUUUGUCUACUGUAAACACAUUAUUUUAGAGCAGGGUUGUGUUUGUGCGUUUAGAGCAUUUGGUUGAAUUUGUAUUAUAAAAAGAAACAAUAAUAUCUUUGCACAGUAGAGCAAUAAAAUGGUAGCAUUUUUGUAUGGACAGAGCACCUUUAUUAUAAUGUUUUAACUCGCCUUUAGUUUUAAUAUUCCUCUUGGUCAAAAGUAUUUUUAUAGAUGAAACACUAGUCUGUUUUUUAAAGAUCUAUUUUACCCAAAUACAUGUUGAUUAGAAUAGAAAAAAUCCAUUUAGUGUGAUGUAUCCUGAUUAAUAUUAAUUGAUAAAAAUAACAGUUUGAUGGUAUGGAAAAACAUCUAAAUUUAGAAAACUGAGGCUGGAAUCCUUAACAAUAUUGGCCUUUUUUUAAUUGUUUUGUUAUACUGAAAACGGUUAUUUAAUUAAUGAUUCAAUUCAGUUAAUUAAAGGUUGUGGUUCAUAGUUACUGGUCUUAAUUUUGACUUCAGAUAUACUGAAAUACAUAACCCAAAACACUGAAAGAAAAAAAAACUGGAUUUCAUGUGUUACUGUAUUAUAGUAAUGCUGCUGCCCAUAUGCAUUUACCCAUAUUGGGUUGCCAUAAGUAUGUUGUCUAAAUCAAAAAUUGUAUGCAUUUAUAAUUCAAUCAAAAUUAUGCAUUUUCCACAAAUAAAAUGAUCCAGAAUAUAUUCUCAUUUGUUUGUAAAGUUUGUCAAAAAAAAAAAUAAUAGAACAUAAUUAUAGCAACAAAAAUGUAUUUUUGAGAAUCUACCAUGUUUAAAAAUGAUCACUGUCUCUUUAUUUUUGACUUUCCUUUUCUUUUUUCCCCACGAUUUUGUUUAGCAAUAUGUUGUUAAUGCUUCUGUAAUUCAAUAAACAAAUAUACUGAUGUA